AUGACACUCAAGGCCGCUGGAGGGCGCUCCGGGACCGCGGACCGGGCUCACGCAUGCGCACGCCUUUCGCACGGACAGCGUUUAACCCGCGCAUGCGUGCGGGCCGCGUGCAGACCCGCGGCACCUUACUCCAGCUGUUGGGGAGAGGCGCCAGCGCUGGACGAGCGCGCCUUGCCGUUCCAGAUGUCCGAACUGCCCGGAGAGAGCAGGGUCGCAGAGGGGGGCACAGCGAGCGGCGUCAGCGACGUCCUGCAGGCUGCAGUAGGCGGCGGGAGUCGGGCGCAGGAGCCCCGGGAAGGCCCCAUGGCCGAAGCUGCCCGACCCAUGGCGCGGGUGCGGGGCGCUGCUCACGGGCCGGUCCCCGACAGCGCCCCAGGCCCGGCGUCCGUGCCGGACCCCCACCGGCAGCUGGGCUUCUUAGGGAUCCAUCAGCAGCUGCUGUUCCGCGAGUACCUGGACACCUGCCCCAUGAUCCCAGCCCGAUUGCUGCGCGACAUCGAGGAGCGCCGCCGGCUGUUCGUGGAGGGCUGCAAGGCCCGGGAGGCAGCCUUUGACGCGAACCCCCCGCAGAUGGACUUCGACGCCGUCGCUUUUGCUCUGGCUCUGACCGCAUCCGAGGCCACCAGUCCCCUGGCCGACUGAGUCGGCCGUGGUGAGACCGGUGGCAAAGAAUAAGGUGACCCUUCGGAUCGGAACAGAGUCGUUCGGAGGGCACGCGGACUGGGAGAGAACGGGCCGCGCACCGCCGAAAGUGGGGCGCACUCAGAAAAGGGACAGGACACUGGAGACCGCCGGACCUUGUGUGCCAGGAGGUCCCGGGACUCUUCUGUCGUACCGCUUUGUGUCUGUUAGCAGUGCUCGCCCCUGCAUUCGUGGAAAACCUUCCAAGAUUGUUUCACCAUAAAGGAUGGUUUUGCAAAGAUGAGCUCUGAGAAAAAUUGGCAAGAGUAGGACCCUUAAAAAUUAACCAACGUGACGACAGAAAGAUAAGAAAAUACAGCUGUUAGGAGUCCCGUUGUGUCUGAGUUAUUAGGGGUUGGAAAGCGAUGGAGAGAACUUUGAAGUUUCAGAAUCUUAGUGUAAGAUGAAUGUUUGUGUUUUCUGAGACACUUUAGAUGAAUAGUAAAUAUUCAAAUAGAAAAAAAUUUACUGUAAGAUAAAUAUGUUUUCAAAUCCAUGUGAAAUUGCGUAGGUGUGGGAAUAGAUUUGUUUUUGUCUUAAGUUUUUUAUUUUAUUCUAGAAUAUGUCAUCUAUUCACAAGACUCAAAAAAAAAAAACAAAGUAGUAAAAGAUGCCGUGAGAAAUAUCUCUCAUAUUCCUAACCUCUGUCUGCCACAUUAAAAACUAUGGGGUUUUUAUUUUGGUGUUUUGUGGGGGUUUUGCUUUUUCGUUGUUGUUUUGUUUUUACUGUAUGCCUUUCA